CAGCGCCCUCCCGCCCUCCAUCGAGCAGAAAUAUCGAAUAUUUCCUCCAGGAGACCGCAUGCGCUGAGGACGGUGGCGUAGAGCUUGCCCCGUUUACCCUGGACCCGCUGCCGUCACGGCUAUUUACCUGCUCUCUUGGCGACCUUGGCGCGAACUUCAUAUUAUCACGAUGUGGGCACGCAUGAUUCUGACGCCUUUCCUGUUCGCACUCGCCGCGCUCGCGGAAAACACGACGGACGAUAGUGAUGUAACCUGGGCCUCUGACCCCAUGCUCCGCUACCGCCCGCCCUUCAUCGAAUCCCUGCCGGUACAGAUCCUCAUCACCGGCAUCAUCUUUGCCCUCGUCGCCGUGCUCUUCGCCCAUCUCCUCUUCACCUGUCAAUACCACUGGCACCUUGCACCGAUCAACUACGUCCUUCAACUCGCCUCCGUCCUCUCGCUCCUCAUCAGCCUCAUUGCCUGCCUCCGCGUCGUCUGCCAGAGUACGAUCACCGAAUCCAAGAAAUGGCCCUACAUGCUCUCCUACAUCGCCGUCGAUCUACCACCCUUAGACCCGAAUCUCACAGACCCGCUCUGGCCGAAGAGCGAGCUUGCGGCCUGGUACAUCAUGGACGCCACCACCUCGGGCCUCAUCCAAAUUACGCACAUUCAGUUCCUCACCCUCCUCUACCCGUCCGACCUUGAAAAGCGGCUCAUCCUCGGCCUCCUAGCCCCGCUCGCGCUCACCUCCGCCGUGAUGGAAGUUCUUCCCAUCAUCGACUCCGCGCCCGUGGCGGGCAUGGCCGCCUCCGUCUCCAACGUCUGCAACGCAACACUCUCCCUCCUCUUCACCGCCUCGCUCUUCCUCUACGGGUUGCUCGUCAAUCGUUCCCAGGCCUGGCGCACGGACGGCGGCACCGCCGCCUUCGGCGCCGCCGCGCUCACCCUCGCCGUCCUUUCCACCUUCCUCACCUUCCUCUACAUCCCGAGUCAGGACCAGUACACGUGGAUGCAAGGCCUCAUCUGGGCGGUCAUCAUGUGGCAGACGUUCAUGGGCUGGUGGUGGUGGGUCGGCGCCGGCAUGGGAGGCGAGGUGCAGGAUAUGGUCGAGCGCGAGGAGCGCAGGCGGGACAGGAGGCGCAAGCGCGGCGAGCGCGCAAGGCGCCAGCGCGAGAGGGCGGCGAGGGUGAUACGCGGCGUCGGCGACAGGCUCGCGUGGCGCGGGCACGUCCACAUCGGGAGAAGCCACAGCACGUCGUCGGGCCCGUCCGGCGAGGUCGACGUGAGCGCCGUCGCGAGUGGAGUGGAUACGCAACUCGGGUCUGGCGCGAUAAAACGCGGGGCGACGCCGCCGAGACCGGGGGUGCAUCGGACGGCGUCGGCGUCGUCUGUGCCUACCCUCGCGUCAUCCUCCACGGACGAGGAGAAGCUACCAGCGCGACGCGCGUGGCCGUUCGACGCAUGGUGCGCGCGUUGGCGGCGCGCGCAUAUGCUCGCUGUACGGAGACGCGCGGAGGCGGAGGCGCCGCGGUUACACCAGGCGUAUGGAUAUCCGCCACCGGCUGGCUGGGGCCCGACGCCAAAACAGGCGGAUGGGGAGAGGGGCCACGUGGAGAUCGAGAUCGAGAUGAGGGCGCCGGGGGAGAGGGAGGAGAGCGCGGAGAGGAGAGAGGAGCGCGAACGGAGACAGUCGAUGUGGUGGUGGGGCCCGCUCAGGCGAUGGAGGUUACAGGACUCGACGCGGUAUUGAAGACCUUCUGCACGAGACUUGCAUGAGCUAGCUGUAUUAUCAUCGUUGGUGUGUGUAUUCAUAGAUUUUGGGAUGAUGAUC